CACUAAUAUACCCGUUGCAUUCUAGAAUUUUUCAGCCUAGUAGGAGCCGGGCCAGGUCAACCUUCGCGAAGGUCGCCCAGAAAAGCAUUCCUUUUUAAGACGGAGACAGAGAGAGAGAGAGAGAGAGAGAGAGCAACAAGGAGGUGAGAAAAAGGAUUCGCCUUUACCCCUCUCGCAAGCCUUUCACUUCUACCACUGGAGAGAGCUCGAACCAAAUCCGAGGUUUCGAGGUGGAUUUGGGGGGAAUUAGAACGGAUCCGAGUGCGAAUUCGGCUUCUUCUCAAGCCAUUUUGGGCGCAGAGGAGUUGGAGUUGGAGUGGGAGGAGGAGGAGGAGGAGGAGGAGGAGGUAGGGUUUUGAUUUGUGCGGCGUUGUUUGAUUCCGGGAUGGGGAACUGCUUCGGCGCGAAAAUUAAGGCGGAGAGCCCCUCGCACAGCGCCUUCACCUCCGGGACGAACUCGAAAUAUGGCAGUAAAAACGGGAACGGAUUAAGCAGCUCGAGCAGCCGGGUUUCGGCAGCCUCCGUGCCUCCGACUCCUCGGACUCAGGGUGAGAUACUGCAGUCGUCGAAUGUGUGUAGCUUUACAUUUCAUGAGUUGAGAACUGCCACAAGGAACUUCCGUCCGGACAGUGUGCUGGGAGAGGGUGGGUUUGGUUCGGUCUUUAAGGGGUGGAUUGAGGAGCACACAUUCGUGCCCGCCAAACCCGGGACCGGAAUGGUUAUUGCUGUGAAGAAGCUCAAUCAGGAAAGCUAUCAGGGUCACAGGGAAUGGCUGGCAGAAGUUAAUUAUCUAGGUCAAUUGUCUCAUCCUAAUCUUGUAAAACUCAUCGGGUACUGCCUAGAGGACGAACAGCGGCUUCUCGUGUACGAGUUCAUGCCUCGAGGAAGUUUGGAGAACCAUCUCUUUAGGAGGGGAUCAUACUUUCAACCACUUUCUUGGAACCUCCGAAUGAAGGUUGCUCUUGGAGCUGCUAAAGGGCUCGCAUUUCUGCACAGUGACAAGGCAAAAGUUAUCUAUCGUGAUUUCAAGACUUCUAAUGUUCUUCUGGAUUCGAGCUAUAAUGCAAAGCUAUCUGAUUUUGGAUUAGCAAAAGAUGGUCCAACGGGCGACAAAAGUCAUGUCUCCACAAGGGUGAUGGGAACCUAUGGAUAUGCUGCUCCUGAAUAUCUUGCAACAGGCCAUUUGACUACAAAGAGCGACGUGUACAGCUUUGGAGUGGUUCUUGUAGAAAUGUUAUCAGGCCGACGGGCACUGGACAAGAACCGCCCAUCGGGGCAGCACUGUCUGGUGGAGUGGGCGAGGCCGUACCUCACCCACAAGCGGAAGAUCUUCCGCAUACUGGACACGCGGUUAGGGACGCAGUACUCCAUCUCAGGAGCCCAGAAAGCCGCGAGCCUCGCGCUUCAGUGCUUAUCGAUGGAGGCUCGUUACCGACCCACCAUGAACCAGGUUGUCAGCGUGUUGGAACAGCUCCAGGAUUUCAAGGAUGCAUCGACUGGCCCAGUCCCUUCCCCUGCAGCGAAAAAGACGGACCGAAGCCUUGAUAGCAGCUCGCGGAGGUCACGGGGGAGGAGUUUGGAAGAAGCCGCGAGUGUUAAUGGAAAGGUCGCGUAUCCCAGGCCCACGGCAUCUCCUCUUUAUGGUUAAUAAUGAAGUGAAACCGUGGGAAAUGUUGUGAGCUUUUUGAGAAUGCGGGGUUGAGACGAGAAAGAGAUUGAGAUGUCCAUUAGUCUCUGUGGUCAUGUUUGUUGUUGUACAGCCAAUCAUGGUUUUGCUGAUGAUCUUUUUCAUGGUGUAUUUAAAUGGCUUUAUUGUUAUUAUCGUCCAGUUUAAAUGAAUGGUAUUCUUAGAAUAUUUCGGUAGUUUGGUCGAUUAAAUUUUGCUA